AGCACGGAUCACGUGGUCCACCAGGCAUCAGCUGAUGACUUCCUUGUUGCCGUUCUGCUUGUCGUCAGAGAUAAGAGCAAUUGCAGAAGUGCUCCCUUUCUUCCAAGAACGGACGCGGUGUCCUUGGUCUUGUUUAUGUCAAAUUGUGGAUUAAGAAGCUGUGUCCCACUACUCUGCCGUCGCUAACAUUCCAUCCAUGAGUACCUCGGACAGUGAAGAGGACUCCUACAAUGAGAGGACAGCUCUGGUUGCAUCCGAGAUACCUUCUGUGCCAUCUUACCAACAAGACCCUGACCAACCCCAGCCUGCAGACAUGGAGCCCAGGCGCCGCACAGUGGCCCCAGAGCCUGCAGCUGAACCCCCCAGCCUGGACAGGAGUGCCGUGGAGCGGGAGCCCGUAGACCUGGAGGAAGAGGAGGAGCUCCCCCUCAAGUACGGCGCCAAGCAUGUCAUCAUGCUGUUCGUCCCCGUCACCCUUUGCAUGGUGGUCGUCGUUGCCACCAUCAAGUCGGUCAGCUUCUACACUGAGAAGAACGGACAGCAGCUGAUCUAUACACCGUUCACAGAGGACACAGACACAGUGGGCGAGCGGCUGCUCAACUCAGUGCUCAACACCAUCAUCAUGAUCAGCGUCAUCGUGGUCAUGACCAUCUUCUUGGUUGUACUCUACAAGUACCGCUGCUACAAGUUCAUUCACGGAUGGCUCAUCCUGUCCUCGCUGAUGAUGCUCUUCUGGUUCAGCUUCAUGUACCUGGGGGAGGUAUUUAAAACCUACAACUUGGCCAUGGAUUACCCAACAGUAGCCAUGAUCAUCUGGAACUUUGGUGUGGUAGGAAUGAUCUGUAUACACUGGAAGGGGCCUCUGCAGCUGCAGCAGGCCUACCUCAUCGCCAUUUCGGCCCUCAUGGCCCUGGUGUUCAUCAAGUACCUGCCCGAGUGGUCCGCCUGGGUCAUUCUGGGAGCCAUCUCCGUCUACGAUUUGGUUGCGGUCUUGUGCCCUAAAGGUCCUCUCAGGAUGCUUGUAGAGACCGCACAGGAGCGUAACGAGCCCAUCUUCCCUGCUCUCAUAUAUUCAUCUGCCAUGAUAUGGAUGGUUGGGAUGGCCAACCCAGCAAGACAUGCAGAGCCCACAAAUCAAGAUACAGGUUCCUCAGAUGAAGAGGCACAUCGGAGUGAGGGCAGCGCCCUGGCGAGGGACUGGGUGGAGCCAGAGACUCAAGUGUCCUCAGGGAUGAACAGGUCCUACUCAACCGAGGACGACCUAGACGAGGAAGACAGAGGAGUCAAGCUGGGACUGGGGGACUUCAUCUUCUACAGUGUGCUGGUGGGGAAGGCUGCUGCCACCGGAGGAGACUGGAACACCACGCUGGCCUGCUUCGUGGCCAUUCUCAUAGGACUCUGCCUCACUCUUCUGCUGCUGGCCAUAUUCAAGAAGGCCCUCCCAGCUCUCCCUAUCUCCAUCACCUUCGGCCUGGUCUUCUACUUCUCUACAGACAACCUGGUUCGCCCCUUUAUGGACAACCUCGCUGCCCACCAGUUCUACAUCUGACUUCCCAUCUGGGGGUCAAUGGAACGCACAACAAUUUUUUCCCCACGCCUGUUCUCGUGUUUUCCACCAAUGGUAGUCUGUAAGCAAGGAUUUGAUUGGGGGGGACUAUAAUGCUUUUUAAUCAGAUUGUGUAUAUUUUGCUAACAGGUCACCACAAAUGAGGGUAAAAUACGUCUAGGAUUAUUUCAUGUGGUAGAUGUACAGUAAUACAUUGAUACCACACGGGUGUAUCGGUCUGUCUCAGUUCUUAUUUUACAGAUAUAGGACGGCGUCAAGUUGUUUCUUCUCAUUAGAUAGGUCAAUGUCGAUAAAAUGCUGGUCAGAAACAGGACAUUGUGAAUUAUCAGGAGAAAUCACAUUUGUUAUUACGCACUAUAGAUCAAUUUGAAUUAGGCAUUUAUGUUCCACUCAACCAACUUUGGGUUAUUUUGAGGAUAACUUGACACUCCAACUUCAAUAGAGCACAAGUGAAGUGGUAACUGCAGUGAUCCAUUCAUAUCAAUUACCCCUCAAACAUCUGCACAAGGCUACUGGUUUUUAAAGGGGCAGUGCCGUCUGAAACUUGAUUUUCCAUUUUGAGUUCAAAAUAACACUCAAAUUGUGAAAAUGAUAAUGCUGCCUUUCUUAGUGUAAGAGUAAAAAAAUAUAUAUUAAAAAGUACACCUGGAAUUUCAGCCUGUUCAGGUGGGAUGGAGUUUUUGGCCCACAGCAUGACAUCACAAUCUGAUCUGAUUAUUCUGACCAAUAACCCCGUUCACAAAAAUGGUUCGUUCCUACAGACGGUGAAUCCUGUGGCUUGCUAUAUAAAGCAGGCAGACAGGCAUUGAGGUCACUGAGGGUAUUUGGUGUUAUUUUCAUUAAAUAAACAGUAAUUUAUUAGACACAGUGAUUUAAAAAUUACAUUAAGACUGCAUGGGAGCUUUAAUGUCUUGAGAAAGCGGAAACCCAAAAAGUCAAAUAUAUUUUAGGGCUUCACUUUGAGUGUAGUUUUUACUUGAUAAAUGAGGUAUCAAGAUUCCAACCCCCUAUUGCCCUUCUGUAAAUAAGUGAAUUAAAUAAAUAGAACAAGCUUAGAUUAAAAGGAAAGUUUUGUUUGAGGCACUCUGAUUUUCAACAAUUGAUUCAAUCUUGUAUGACUUUGUAGGAAAUAAUUUAACUUGACACUUUUUAUUUUCUAAUAGUAAAAAAAAAAAAUCCAAAUAGAAGUCAAAGCGUACUCCAGUUUGCUAAUUGCUGCCGAGUUGCCAUGUAUUGUGAAGAAGGGUGCCAAAUGGUGUAGGGUGAUGUUGCCCAUAGAUGCUGAUCUUGGAUCAGUUUAGCAUUUCCCCACUAAUGAUUUAGUUUAGGAUUGGGGAGAGAGGAUGAUGCUAGAUCUGUACUUAGGGGAAACAUUAUCCCGGAGUGCUCAAACAAACAUGAAGCAUGCUGGUCCCAAUUAGCCUGAAAUCCAAACUGAUGUUUUCUGUUUAUCAGUUUGUAUUGCAGUCUAGGUUCUAACUGCUCACUGAAGACAAACUUGGUGGUAGUGUGAAAAAGUAAAAUACUGGUCUGCUGUUUGGAGUGCAUUUACAUGCAAUGAGUGUGUAGUCUUUAUAUUGAAAAUAUAUAUUUUAUAGAAUGUAAUAAUGGUGUAACAUUUUAUUUAUCUUAAUACACUUAAAUGAUGUUCUCGAUGGAUUUUCUUUUUUUGUUGUACUUUUUUUCAUUGUGGUGUGCAAUAAAGUGGUACAUCUGCUAAAUUAAUUCCAAGAGCAGAAAUCUAA